AUGCCGACCUCUAGCUCAGAAAAAGAGGGAUCAACCGGCCGGGUUCCUGCUGACGAAGAACAAGAGAUCCAGAGUGCUCGUCCUGCCAAUCAAAACCCAUCUCCUGAACUCGUCCAGGAAGAGUCUGAAAGACGAGACUCUCCUGAGCCUAACCCGAAAAACGCCCCAACGUCCAAAGCGUUGGCGGAGAAGGCGGCCUCAAAGAAGAGGUCGGCCACCACGGGCGAGGCACCUCCUCCCAAAAAGUCCAAAGGCUUCACAGCCAAAAAGAAGAAACCUUCCCGACCUCCACCAAAAGUGGUGAUCAACAUACCGGCCGAGGAUACCUCUCCGGCCACUGAGGAAAGGGGCCUGAUCCCUUAUGCCGCCGCGGCUGAUCAGACCCUUGAGCAACCAGAGGCCCUUGCUUAG